UACACAAUGUUACUUUUCUAUCAGUAAUCCAGUGCUUUUCUCGCAUACCCACCAGUAAUGGUUGGUCUUACCGGUUCUUUCUUGGUUGCAGCAGCAGUUGCUGCUGUAUUGUUCCCGUUUUCUGUGACAUCUUUCCCAACCCAUUAUCCGGACUAUAGAUGUGCGACGAACGCACCGCCGCAAAAUAUCCUCAGCCUCAACUCGACAAGUAUCCGUGUUGGCAAUCGUCCAUGGGGACUUGCAUAUCUCAACGAUAACUGGGCGUUCGUCGCAGUCAACUUCUCUGUUGCGGUUCUUAAUACAUCAGGCAAGCAUACUUUGAAUUUCCAUCAAAAUGAGGCACUGACACGAAACAGGGUUUACGCCAAAGUUAAUAAACAAUAUACCUUUCCCAUCGAAUCUCGAUAUGGGCAAUAAAAACAUCACGGAGGAUGGUUACGGAUACCGUGAGCUUUCUAUCACCCACGACAAACGCAAUCUCUAUGUCGCCACUGGCUACGGAGCCGUCAUUUUCGAUGUCCCUAGAGCUAUCGCCGGCAGAGACGACUCAUUUGUAGGGGUGCUAAGCUCGAACGGUCAUGUAGGCAGAAGUGCUAUCGAACUGUCUAUCACCCCUGAUGAUAAAUAUGUCUUUAUAAGCCAAGAGUUCGGGAGUAACUCAUCGUAUAACCGCGGAGCUAUCGAGGUCUUCAACGUGACACGAUUGGCUAAUGGAACAGUUAACAGUGAAUGGAGGGGUUUCAUCGCCCUUGGAUAUGCUGUAGUUGGGCAGCAAUUCUCGAAGGACUAUACGAAACUCUUUGUCACUAGCGAGAUGAAUAGCACGACAGCGGCACCGAAUAGCACAACAGGCGUGCUAAGUGUUCUCGACGUUGAUAAAUUGAAGCAUACGCCUGGCAAGUCAUUGAUUACCAAGUAUAUGAGUGGUUGUCGUCCAGUGCGCUGCCAUCUUUCGACAGAUGGAAACAAGCUUUGGGUAACAGAACGCGAUAUCAACCAUGCGUCUGUGUUCGAUGCCCAGAAGUUGGCCAAUAAUGAUACAACGGACGUAUUUAUGGCUACUGUCAAUACAGGAACGUCCCCCAUUGGAAUCGCUGUAGUUGGAAACCAUAUUCUCACGGCGGACUCGAAUAGAUUUGAUUAUAGUAACGCAUCCACGGGUGUUACUGUCAUUAAUUCUGCAGGAGCUCUAAGUAAAGGGCAGUCAGAUUUUCCUCAAAUUCCUGUUGGAGAUUUCCCUCGUUCUCUUGCGGUUAGCCCCGACGGAAACAGGCUUCUUGUCUCAGAGUUUGGCGAGGGGACUGUGCGGGUAGUAGAUAUAAGCUCAUUGAACAACUAUUAAAGUGUUAGAUCAGAAUAGUAAUGCCCAUAGCUAGAGCCCCUAUUUUUAUUAAUACCUCCGAUUAAUCUUAAAAUCGACUAUUGCGUUGAUUUUACAUUGAAG